AAAAAAAUGUAUAAAAGGCGAAGCAAUAUUUAAAUCUAUAAAUAAUUCGUUUUUCAUCAUGCUUAUGAAAAUUUUGUUUUGCGUCAUUUCAUUGGUCGCUGUAAUUGAGGCCACAAAAUGUUACUUCUGCAAUGACGAUAGUAGGUAUGGCAAUUGCGAAGGUAUAGGUUGGCGAAUCAUGGAUAAAUGUCGUUUUGGCUGUGUCACGUAUGAGGCUAAAAUUCAAAAUAAAUAUAAGAACUCAUUGGCCGAAGAAUUUUUUGGAAGGUACAGAAGAGGUUGCAAUGAUCAAAAAGGAUGUGACAAAAUUAAAAAAGAUUUAUAUGAUGCUUGGGAUGACAGGGUUGAAGUAUUCCAUUGUGAGGAGUGUAAUGAGGACUAUUGCAAUAAUAGAGCUAAUCAUCCAGGAAUUACUCUCAGCGGUCCUUGGGUGCCUGAUUAUUAGAUAUUAAUACUAUAAAAACACAAUGCAGUUUAUUUUUUCCCAAGAUAGAUUUUGACACUGUCAACUUUGAAACAUAAACAAUGCCGCUAAUGCCGCUUAUUGGUCGUGAAAUGCCAUUUGCACGACAUGCAUUGUAAAACUGAUGUCAACCUGUAGGCACACCCCAUUUUGCGACCAAUGUUUCAAAGUUUUCAAUGUCAAAAUCUAUCUUGGGAAAAAAUAGACUGUAGUGUUUUUUUGUUUGAACCUACAUACAUAAAUAUAUUUAAUUUAUCCAUUCCUUGUUAAUCACAAGAAAAAAUAUGAAUUUCUUCCGAA